CUCUCCCCUGAACCAGGACCCAAACCCUGGCCAGGUGCCUCCCAGGCCACCUGGAGAAGCCUGUCCUUCCUGCAGAUGUCAUGUGCGCACCCAGCGGAUCUUUGACCUGCAGCUGCUCCUUCUGUCUCCUCCCUGCAGGUGCCCCUCAACACUCACGCAGAUCUGAGCUUGGACCUCAGGCUCAUCCUACCCCAAAUCCAUGCCGAAUUCCCUCGCCAGUGACCAGGUCUCCCCGCCAAAUCUGGACACCAUUGACCUGGUGGACUGCAGUCUGAGCAAUGCAGGAAACUCCAGUUCUGUCCCAGUCUUAGAGGAGGGGACCAUGGACCCAUGGGCCCUUCCUCAGCAGAAGGACACUGGCCAGCUGAAAGGCAAAAUGGCUGGAGACAUCUUCAAGGACAGUGUGGUGCUGUCCAACCCCGCGGCCGGGCUGGUCGUAGGCGUGUUGGUCACCGUCCUUGUACAGAGCUCCAGCACAUCCUCCUCCAUCGUGGUCAGCAUGGUGGCCUCCCAAUUGCUGACCGUCCAGGUGUCUGUGCCCGUCAUCAUGGGUGUCAACGUCGGCACGUCCGUCACCAGCACCCUGGUCUCAAUGGCUCAGUCUGGGGACCGGGACGCAUUUCGCAGGGCCUUCAGUGGCUCAGCGGUGCACGGCGUCUUCAACUGGCUCACGGUGCUGGUCUUGCUGCCACUGGAGAGUGCCACGGCCAUGCUGGCGCAGCUGAGCCAGUGCAUCCUGGGCGCCGCCAGCCUGCAGCCCGGCGGGCAGGCCCCUGGCAUCCUCAAGGUGCUGACGCAGCCGCUCACCCACCUCAUAGUGCAGCUGGAGGGCAGUGUGAUCGCCGGCAACGCCACCAACAGCAGCCUCAUUAAGCGGUGGUGCGGCGUCAGGGCAGAGACGGUGAGGUGCCCCGUCCCAGUCCUUCGCCUGGCCUCUGAUCUGCCAAAUCACCCCACCCACUCUGACCCUUGCGUCCUCUGGGCUCCGCCUGCCUGUUGGACCUGUCCUGAGUUCUGCCUCCCCCGCUGCCCCCAGACCCAGGGUACCAGCAACGCAUGCGGCGCCUCCGGUCCCUGCACAGGCUUCCCUGUGAGCCCCCCCGCCCCUGCCGGGGCCAACCUGACCGCCCCCCACCCGCCAGGCCGGCACCUGUUUGCGGGCUCGGCACUGACAGACCCGGCCGUGGGCUGCAUCCUGCUGGCGGGCUCGCUGCUGGUGCUCUGCCUCUGCCUGGUCCUCAUGGUCAAGCUCCUCCACUCUCUGCUGCGCGGCCGCCUCGCCCAGGCCGUGAGGACUGUCAUCAACGCAGACUUCCCCUUCCCCUGCGGCUGGCUCGGUGGUUACCUGGCGAUCCUCGUGGGUGCCGGCCUGACUUUCCUGCUCCAGAGCAGCAGCGUCUUCACCGCUGCCAUCGUGCCACUCAUGGGUGUUGGGGUGAUCAGCCUGGAUCGGGCAUACCCCCUUCUCCUGGGCUCCAACGUCGGCACCACCGCCACGGCCCUGCUGGCUGCGUUGGCCAGCCCUGCGGACAUGCUGUUCCCUGCCGUCCAGGUUGCCCUCAUCCACUUCCUCUUCAAUCUUGCUGGCAUACUGCUGUGGUAUUUGGUGCCCAUCCUACGGCUGCCCAUCCCACUGGCCAAGCGCUUUGGAGACUUGACUGCCCGCUACCACUGGGUGGCCAUUGUCUAUCUGCUCCUCACCUUCCUACUGCUGCCCUUGGCAGCCUUUGGGCUCUCCCUGGCAGGGAGCGCGGUGCUGGCUGCAGUUGGGGCUCCCCUGGUGGGGCUGGUGCUCCUUGUCAUCCUAGUUAAUGUUCUACAGCAGCGACGGCCAUCUUGGCUGCCCCACUGCCUGCAGUCUUGGGCCUGGCUGCCCCUCUGGCUUCAUUCUCUGGAGCCCUGGGACCGCCUGGUGACUCACUGUUGCCCUGGCAGGGCCUGUGGCCCCCCUCAGACCACCACCAAAGAGGCUCACUGCUAUGGGAAUCCUGAGAUCCUGGCUUCCCAGCAGUUGUGAAGGGCGGGCACCACAUCAGAUCACCCCAGCUCCGCUGGCCUCAGGGUCCCACAAUUGAGAGCAAGCUUACCAGGUGCCCCUGGGGGAGGGCUGUGGUGCAGAGACUCCUGAGCCUCCACAGCCCCUUUGAAAAUAAAUGAACCUGUU